AUGGAAGCUGAAAAUGAGAACCGUCGCCUGUCGCACGGUGUUGCUAACCAUACCAGCGCAGACGGUCCAGACGAGGCGAACAACCCUGCCAACUCCUCAGGGGAUGCUGAUGACGAUGGUAUGCCAGCGACUGGGCAUGGUGCUGCAGCGACUAGUCCUGGUGCUGCAGCGAUUGGUCCUGGUGCUGCAGCGGCUGGUCCCGGUGCUGCAGUGGCUGGUCCUGGUGCUGCAGCGACUGGUCCUGGUGUUGCAGCGGCUGGUCAUGGUGCUGCAGCGGCUGGUCAUGGUGCUGCAGCGGCUGGUCAUGGUGCUGCAGCGGCUGGUCCUGGUGCUGCAGUGGCUGGUCCUGGUGCUGCAGCGGCUGGUCAUGGUGCUGCAGCGGCUGGUCAUGGUGCUGCAACGGCUGGUCCUGGUGGUGCAGCGGCUGGUCCUGGUGCUGCAGCGGCUGGUCCGAGCGCGCCUACUCCGAAUGGUGUGGCUGGAAACACGCUCCAACGUAUGGCUAAGUUCCUUGCAGCCCUACGUGCUACCACCACCUGCCACAAGACACUUGCAUCGGUGUUCCUUAAUUCCAUCCUCUCCUUCCCUGGUCGGUUUCAACCCCCCACCCCCGACAUUAUAAAAUGGCUCGACGUCACGGUCGGGAACUUCCUCUCCUCUUCAAGAUUCAAGGAAUACGACCUUGGGGUACGCCUCAUCCCCAACUGCCUCCUGUACAACUCUAUUCAUCACGGUGGGCUUGGGGCAAUUGCCCCCUCCACUCAAAUUCGUGCCCUUGCCACCCAGCAUGCGUUGCGCCAUUUUGGUGCUUCACCGUCAGAGGAGGUGGCGAGAACCACCGGCUGCUGA